AUAAUUGAAUCAGCUUCAUAUGAAUGUAAUCAGUUAAUCAGCUAGAGGUGUGGUGGCUUCCCCAUUGCAAACCUGGGCUUCAAGAGUGUAGCACCAGCAAGAUUUUGCGAAUUCAGCACACGGCCUUCUGAAUUUUGAGACUGAAAUGGAUGUGACUGUCAUCCAACCCAACAAGAAUAACUAUGAGCAGCCUGUACCACCUGUUUAUGAAUCAGUUCUCUAUACCAUCCCAGUGGAGCCCGCACCACCACCAUAUAGUGCCCAAGCAAAUGCUGGCCAGAUUGGAGCAGCACCUCCAAGAAGAUCACCACCCUGGAGUCGAGGAAAGAAGAUUUGUGUAAUUUCUAUUAUAGUUGCUAUCAAACUGUUAGUGAUUGUGGCUGCAGUACUGAUCUGGUAUUUUGUCUCAAGAUCCCUAAUAAUCCUAAACUCACCAAAUUGCCAAACGUCAUGUAGCCUCUCUCUCAGCUGUAUCAGUGCCAACCAGAUAUGUGAUGGGGCACAAGACUGCCCUUAUGGAGACGAUGAAGAGAAUUGCGAACCCACAGGACCCUUAAUAUUUCCGACCUUGCCAACCUGCCAAAUAUACUGUAACAGCUCCUACACCUGUAUCAGUGCCAACCAGAUAUGUGAUGGGGCACAAGACUGUAUUUAUGGAGACGAUGAAGAGAAUUGCGGACCCUUAAUAUUUCCAACCUUGCCAAUCUGCCAAAUGUACUGUUAUUAUUCCUACGCCUGUAUCAGUGCCAACCAGAUAUGUGAUGGGGUACAAGACUGCAUUUAUGGAGAUGAUGAAGAAAAUUGUGUGAGAUUAUAUGGAGCAGACUUCCAACUGCAGGUCUAUUCUACAUUAAAGUCAGCAUGGCUGCCCGUGUGCAGUGAUUACUGGACUGAUGACUAUGGGAGAUUGGCCUGCCAGGAUAUUGGAUACAAUAGAAGCAGCUAUUAUAGAUCUGAUAGUUUACAGUCCCCAUACGCCCAUAAUGGGUUCUUCCGCUUAAACAAUGGAUCUCAGACCAGGCAGUUCAAUGCCAGCCUUCAUUACAGCUCUUCCUGUUUAUCGGGACAAGUGGUCUCAUUACGUUGCAUAAGCUGUGGUGAACCUUACAACAGUGCAGUCAGUCUAAUAGUAGGAGGAACUAAUGCUGCCUUAGGAAACUGGCCAUGGCAAGUCAGUCUACGGUACAAAACAGGAGCUUUAUGUGGUGGCUCCAUCAUUUCUCCCAAGUGGAUAGUGACUGCAGCUCACUGUGUAUAUGGUGGGUCUACUGGAUCUGCAUCUGGAUGGCGGGUUUUUGCUGGGGUACUGACCUUACCAAGUUCAUGUGGAGCCAAUUGCUAUUCCGUGAAAAGAAUAAUUCCACAUCCUGGUUAUAAUGCUUCCAAUCAUGAUAACGAUAUCGCCCUAAUGAAACUAAACAAUGAAAUAACAUUUGGCUAUAACACCCAGCCGGUGUGCUUACCCAAUGCUGGAAUGUUCUGGAAGGCUGGAACACAAUGUUGGAUAUCUGGUUGGGGUUCGACCUCUCAAGGAGGUAAGAUUUCUCCGACUAUGAAGAAUGCUGCAGUUCAAUUAAUUUCCUUGAAAGUGUGCAACCAACCCAACGUAUACAGUGGGAGCAUUACCUCUUCUAUGAUAUGUGCUGGUAAUCUUUCUGGAGGUGUAGAUGCAUGCCAGGGGGACAGCGGAGGACCUUUAGUAACCAAAACAAAUGGCACUUGGUGGCUUGUUGGUGACACCAGCUGGGGAUAUGGUUGUGCACAAGCCAAUAAACCUGGAGUAUAUGGGAAUAUGACAACGUUCUUGCAUUGGAUAUAUUUACAGAUGAGGACUUACAGCUGAUCAGUGAUCCUCAUGAUUUUAUUCUGAUGAAUGAACUCGAGAACUUACGUCAAUGAGAGAAUACAGCUAAUUAUUUAUAACUGAAAAUUGCUAUUCCUAUUGCUGCCAUAGAAUUACAGGGUUUCUUGAAAUAUUUAUUGAAGUUGAAGUGCCUUGGGUAUACACAGCACACAUGGUAACAUAGAAAAGUAAGUUGAAAAAAUACCCAUGUCCAUCAAGUUCAACCUAAAUAAAACCUGCCUAACUGCCAGUUGAUCCAGAGGAAGGCAAAAAAAAACUCAU